AUGAACACGAAUCCAGUUUUCCAGACUACAAGCAACUCGCCCAUCAGUACAUCCGAUGACCAGUGGAUCAGUGAUUUGCUUGCCAAAUCAGCCCCUAUGACCACCACCAACAGUUUUUCCAACGCCUUCAACUUGGAAAUGUCCAACUUCGACUCCUUCACAGUGCCAACGACAGACUUCCCCAGCGUUUUGGAAAACGAAAGCAUAUUCAGCGGCCUGUCUCGCGCUUCCACAGCUUCCAGCACUCCUCCAGUAAAAGAGGAGAUUGACGAGAACGAGCUCGGAUUUGGCCAGGCCAAAGUGGGGCUCUUGGACAGUGUCAACACCAAGUUGCAAAUGAUGCAAAGAAGAAACGACUUGACGCCGAAGGCGUUGGAGUCCAUUUUCGACACCAAAGACGUUUUGAAGGACACCGUGGACGGCCAAGCUGGACUUGCGCCCCAAAAACAAAGUACGCAGGCGCACAGAACAGAAAGCUCAAGCAACCAGGCCAAGAAGAAGAGAUGCUCUAGAAGAAGACUCACGGACUCCCAGAAAGAGGCCCACAACAAGGUCGAGAAGAAGUACCGGGUGAACAUUAACCAGAAGAUCAACAGCUUACAGACGAUUAUUCCGUGGUUUGCCAACCAGGAGGAGGUGCACAUGGACUUGAAGGUAAACAAGUCUGUGAUUUUGGAAAAGGCAUACGACUACAUCACCUAUUUGAAGGCUGAAAAUGAGGCAUUGAGAAGUCGUCUUGGAGAGACGACCAUGGAAACGGGCAUAUAG